UGCUUUAUUAGUUUUCUUGAAAAAAAAAAAAAUUAUUUCCUAUGAUGGAAUCAUGGGUCCCUCUUGAAUGUAAUCCUUUUAUACUUACACAAUACCUUUGGGAAUUAGGCAUAAGUAAGGACUUAGAAAUUUAUGAUAUUUUUACCCUUGAUGAUGAGGAGAUGUUAAGAUUUAUUCCAAGGCCUGUUUUUGCUCUUCUUUUUGUUUUUCCUGUUAAAGAAUCAGACGAAAAUUGCAGUUCUAUAGAAACUAAAGAAAUAUUAAUUAAAAAUCAAGAAAAUAUUAUAUGGUUUAAACAAACAGUCAGAAAUUCAUGUGGAGCAAUUGCUUUACUUCAUGCUGCGACUAAUGGCGACGCUAGAAACUUUAUACUUCCUAAUACCUUACUUGCAAAUAUUUUAGAAAAAAUCGAAUAUCUGGAUCCAUCUUCUCUUUCAAAUAUGAUUGAAUUCUCUCAACUUAAGACUAUUCAUGAAAAAUUUGCAUCUCAAGGAGAAACAACUGCUCCAGAUGCCCUAGAAGAUACUUCUCUCCAUUAUGUAUGUUUUGUAAAAUCAUCAGUGAAUGGACAUCUCUAUGAACUUGAUGGUCGUAAUCCUUUAGGACCUAUUGAUCAUGGAUUUUUGAAUAAUAGUGACAUACUAGGAGAUCAGAGUAUUCAAAUCAUCAAAAGCUAUAUCAAUAAGAGAGAAAAAGAAAUUCGAUUUAGUUUAUGUGCCCUUGCAUAUAAAAUUCAGUAAUAUUUUAUUAUAAAUAAUUAUACAAUUUAUAAUGCUGUGA